AUGGCAGUUGCCACCACUAGAUUUCAACCUUGCUCCAGCACUAGUCACUUGGUCCUCAUACAGAGCCUCGCAGCAAGCCACUGCUGGGAAGAGUCGUCGUUUACAUCUAGAAAGAUACAGUCAGGCUGGCUGCAGUUCUCCAGCUCCAGGACCAACACCGACUGGUUCAGGUCAAAGUCCAAGCCCAUUCGCGCCGCAAGAAAAGUAAAGGUGAAUGCAGCAGCUGCGGGAGCUGAUUGCAGCUCCAGACGAGAAGCGAGGGCGCCGGCUUUGGACUCACAAGGGGUGCCCGUGCAGACGAGGAGACUUUUGUGCCUCAGCAACGGGCAUGGGGAGGACGCAAUUGCAGUGGCUAUCCUCAAGGCACUCAAGGAGUUAGCAGAGGAGGAGGAUCAGCCCCUGAGCAUCGAAGCGCUUCCCUUGGUGGGUUUGGGAGGGGCGUACGUCAGGGCAGGGAUCCGGACCAUCGGGCCCGCUCAGAUGAUGCCAAGUGGCGGCUUCUUGUACAUGGAUCGCAAGCAGAUCGUGGGGGACCUCCAAGCUGGGCUUAUGGCGCUCACAUGGGAACAGUUAACCACCCUGGUUAAGUGGACCCAAGCGGAAAGUACCGAGAGGGCGACCAGCGCAUUGCUUGCCGUGGGAGACGUUCUGCCACUCGCAAUGGCGUGGGUCGCCUCCAAAUACGAGAAAACGAGGCGGGAAAAAGACAAAGGCGGGCGGCUGGUCCCGUACGCUUUUGUGGGCACCGCGAAAAGCGAGUUUUACGUCAAGGAAUUAGAUGGGAGGAAGCUUGUGCCAGAGAAAAGGGACGCAGUCGAGAAGCUGCUCUCCCCUGCCUGCGUCCACCUGCCCUGGGAGCGCGCGCUGAUGUCAGCGGACGAGUGCGCGUUCACAGCGCCGCGGGACGCACUCACGGGCGAAGUGUUGCGGACGCUCCUGCCGGACGGUGUGAAAAGGCGCGUCCUCGAUUUGGGCAACCCAAUGAUGGACGAUCUGGCGCCGACGGGCGCCUUGGACGGGGUUCUGGCAGGGUAUGAGGGGUUUAGGCGCGUGGCGAUCAUGCCGGGGUCGCGCCCUCCUGAGGUCCAUAGAAACUUUGACACGCUCCUUUCCGCCGCGGAUUCCGUCGCCCAAAGCUCGCCACACGAGCGCUUCCUCUUCCUGGCGCCUGUCGUUCCCUCGCUGGAAGUUCGGCCGUUUACAGACGCGCUCGCUCGCAACGGCUGGCAGCGAGCGGAGGAACCCCUAGAACUCCCCGAAAUUAGCGGCGCUUGUGAGUCGCCAACGGAACCGCUUGUGGAUGCGUCGGAUGAGUCGCUCGAGCGAGGAAACGGCGGACCUUUGCAAGGGGGGUGGUCAGAGGACGGUACUUCGGAGAAUGGUGUAAGAACGUCCGUAAGGUUUGAGAGUGCGUCGACUUUGAAAGAGAGUGAGCAGAAAAACGGAAAUAAAGUUAGUGCUCGAUUACGAGAGCAAGCAGAGCACGCGCAAAGUAGCACGCAACCAAGCGACGGUCCUAGUAGCACCUCGCAACGACCUGAUGCCGUAGAAUGUAGAGAUCCAAAACCCACCGGAUCCGUUAGUGGACCCUCUCUAACCCGAACGCAGAACGAACAUCUGGACGACGUCGUUCCGGAGCCUUUUGCCGCAGACGGCGGCGGCUGGCCGGAGCCUUCGGAAGGCCCUGUUUCGAGCAUACUCUUCCGAAAGCGCGGGGGCGACUCGGCGGUUCUGCUGGUUCGCGGGGCCUUUGCGGACUGCGCGCAGCGGGCCGAGGCGGGCCUGGCGAUGGCCGGGACAGCGACGGAGCAGAUGGUCGGGCUCGGAAAGCCGGUCUUCACCAUGCCCGGGGGAGGGCCCCAGUUUACCUUCGCCUUUGCGGAGGCGCAGUCGCGGCUGCUGGGUCAUUCGGUCAUCCUCUGCAAAUCACCAUCUGAGGUGGGGCCUUGCUUUCGGGAAAUCUUUUUUGACGAAAGGCGGCUUGCUGAGAUUCGAGAGGAUGGGCGACAGCGGAUGGGACAGGCCGGCGCGUCCAAGCGCAUCGCCCGAGCGAUCUGGGAUAGGCUGCUGGUCGAAAACUGCACGCCCGAACUUUCUGAGAUAAUGACGAGAAGACAUUGACAAGGUUACAAUCAAAGUAAGCACAGUCAAAGCGGACGUCAAAUCGCAAGCUGUCGCCAAAGUAUGUUUGAAAGAAUAUGGAUAGGAGGAUGCGCGUUUGCUAUUUGCGGCAUGUUACCUAAUGUAUCAGGUGGCCGACGGUUGCCAGCGAUCUGAUUGG